GGACAGACAUGGCAGUGUUCUGUCUGCUGUGUGCCAAGCGGUUCCAGACCCAGAAGGCUCUGCAGCAGCACAUGGAGGUCCAUGCAGGGAUGCACAGCUACGUCUGCAGCCACUGUGACCACCCCUUCCCCAGCCACACCACCCUCAAACGCCACCUGCGCUCACACACAGGUAAGGACUGAAUCUGUGCCCAUUGUCGUCUUCAUCAUCAUCACCACCACUGUUUUCAUCAUCAUCAUCAUCAUCAUCAUCAUCAUCAUCUUCAUCUUCAUCAUCACCACCACUGUUUUCAUCAACAUCAUCAUCUUAAUAUAAUAAAUAAUAAUAAUAAUAUGCCAUUUAGCAGACGCUUUUAUCCAACGCGACUUACAGUCAUGCGUGCAUAAUUUUUUUUGUGUAUGGGUGGUCCCGGGGAUCAAACACACUACCUUGGCAUUACAAGCGCCGUGCUCUACCAGCUGAGCUACAGAGGACCACAUCAUCAUCUUCACUGUUUUCAUCAUCAUCAUCAUCACUAUCACCAUCAUCAUCAUCAUCACUGUCAUAUCCGUCAACAUCAUCGCCUACAUUAAUAUGGAGGACUAAAAGUGCCACAAUUAAAUAAAUAAAUACACCAUUAAAUAAUUACUUAAAUGUGUCAUUAAUUAAUUAAAAUUAGAAUUAAAUACAUAAAUGUGUUAUUAAAUGUGUCAUUAAUUAAUUCAAAUACCGAUUCAUUUUAUGUAAAAUACAUAUAUAAUAAUUUCACUAUUUACAUUUACAUUUCAUGGUCCUGCGUUGGAGUGCUUCCUGAAUUACUUAAAACUGUCAAACUGACCCAUCAAAAGUUGGUAGGCGGAACCUAACGCCUGAUUGGUUACCCUCUGCAUCAAGCCAAGACAAAUCAAUUCCGGAUAAUGUCAGCAGGUCCUGCUUCUACAUCCUCUGCUAAGUUUAAAAUGUCUCUAACCAACUCCCUGGAAAGUUCACGGAGAUCCUCCAUUGUCUCUAUCCAGGUUGGCCUACUCUACUUCAGACCAAAGCAAUGGAACAGACUAGAUUCGCGUUAGCCCCGCCCACUGACUUUGAUGGGUCAGUUUGACAGUUUUAAGUAAUUCAUGAAUCACUGCAAUGCAGAAUCAUGAAAUUUAAAUGUAAAUAGUGAAAUAAUUAUAUAUGUAUUUUACAUAAAAUGAAUCGGUAUUUGAAUUAAUUAAUGAUACAUUUAAUUACACAUUUAUGUAUUUAAUUCUAAUUUUAAUUAAUUAAUGACACAUUUAAGUAAUUAUUUAAUGGUGUAUUUAUUUAUUUAAUUGUGGCACUUUUAGUCCUCCAUACAUUAACACACAAUCUAAAGCUGCAAUGAGAUCAAUUCCCAUAAACCUCAAUCCUUUCAUCUUUAAGUACCUUGAACUACUACUUCUGUCUUGGCACUAGACUGAAGUAGCAUAAGACCAGAGUUUUUCAAUUUCAGGCUACAGUCAGUUUCACUAAAUUUAUCAUGUUUACAUUCACUUAACGUUAAUUAACUCCGCGAUGAUUCACUUUCCUGAUGACAGCAAUGCUUCGUUAUGGCCAGUGUUAUGUUUGAGGCUAUUUUAUCCGGUUUAUGUUUUUAUGUUCUUAGACACAGCCUUCUAGGCCCCUGCCAUUCAUGCCUGUCAGUUCUACUGCAGUUCUCCCCAAAUGACAGCGAAAAUCGAAAUAAAUAUCUAAAGAACAGCCAAUGUCUGUGUUUUCCUCUGAGAGUUAGUCACUGGUUCCCUAAGGAGAGAGAGAGAGAGAGAGAGAAAGAGAGAGAGAGAGAGAGAGAGAGAGAGAGAGAGAGAGAGAGAGAGAGAGAGAGAGAGAGAGAGAGAGAGAGAGAGAGAGAGAGAGAGAGAAAGAGAGAGAGAAAGAGAGAGAGAGAAGAGAGAGAGAUAUUUACUGAAAGGAUGCCCCCUUCUUCUGAUCCACGUCUAGAUUGAACAAAAACAUAAUUGAUGAGUGGAGUUUGGCCAUCAUGUGUAUCUUGUCUAUACCACAGUCUUCUUCGUAGUAUCAUUGUGUAAAUGUCAUGUGUCUUGUAGCAUGGGGGGCUUUGUGAAGCAUCAGGCUAUAAUGAGCAGUGCAGUGUAUUGUCCCACUUGGCUGUUGCUGUGGACACUGAGCUAAUGAGACACAUAGGUCAUUGCAGAUGACUCAAAGCCACAGCCUCAGAGGGAGAUGGAUCAGCUAUGGAGAGCACCACCUGUCUGGAGGACUUAUAUUAGCUGUUAGCAGGCAGCCGGAGGGAGUAUCCUCACAUGUCAUAACAUUCAUAUAUACAGUAUAUUAUAUUAAAUUAUUAUUAUCACAUGUCAUAACAUUCAUAUAUACAGUAUAUUAUAUUAAAUUAUUAUUAUCACAUGUCAUAACAUUAUUAUAUACAGUAUAUUAUAUUAUUAUUAUAUAUAUAUCUGAACGCACAUGAUUUUUUUACAGCCUUAUAUGCAAAAGGUUCUGUUUUUAUUGACCUGUACAACUGUACAUUUAUCAUAUGCAAGUAUUAGUCACUAUAAAGUAACCCUUUUGAUACCAUUUGCUGAAGAGCGGAGGCUUACCUGAACCGUUUGAUACUGUUUAGCAUUAUGACACCUGUAAUGAUGUGUAUCCAACCUUUACCCAGCCUGUGUCUAACCUGUGUCUCCAGGUGACCACCCGUUUGAGUGUGAGUUUUGUGGGAGCUGUUUCCGGGACGAUGGCAUGUUGAGGGGACACAAACGCAUCCACACAGGAGAGAAGCCUUAUGAGUGUAACGGCUGUGGCAAAAGGUUCAGCCUCAAGCACCAGCUGGAGACCCACUACCGCGUACACACAGGUUAGAGAGCAGUGUCUGGUCGUAAUAACAACAUACUCCCACGUCAGAUUGUUUUGUGUUCAUGACAGCAUACACACAGGUCAAACCAAUGUGUGUUAGAUAGUACAUUUGACAUUUUAGUCAUUUAGCAGAUGCUCUUAUCCAGAGUGACUUACAGUUAGUGAGUGCAUACAUUUUUUUUCUCAAAAUAGUACCACUGGUUUUAGCAUAUAGUCAAGAAAGGUUUCACGAGUAUGCUGUUGUACUCCUAUAGGUGAGAAGCCAUUUGAGUGCAAGAUCUGUCACCAGCGAUCCAGGGACUACUCUGCCAUGAUCAAGCACCUGCGCACCCACAAUGGAGCGUCGCCCUACCAGUGUACCAUCUGCCAGGACUUCUGCCCCAGCCUGGCAGCCAUGCAGAAACACAUGAAGAGCCACAGACCCGAGGAUGUGCCCCCGGACUGGAGAAUAGAGAAGACCUACCUGUACGUAUGCUACGUCUGAGCAGGACUUGGACACUAAGACACACUAUCCUAUGUGUGGGCAGGUUUUUCAUCUUAUUCUUUCCUCUAAAGAAAAGUAAGUUGAUCAGUUCUGUGGUUUGAUUGGUUUUAUCACAAAUUGUUUCAAUGAUCUGUCAUUACAUUAAACAUGCAUAUGUGUUGAAGGUUAAAAUACUACUGGUCAGGUUACCACAGCAGUGAAAGAGUGUUGCACUAGAAAGGAUAUUGAGUUCUAUCUGCUGUGACUGUGAUUGUGAGACCUAGAACCAAACUUCUCUGGUAGAAUUGCAGUACUAUUUCCACCCUUACUACGUAGAUUGGUUGAGAUAAACAAACAUUUCCUGGCUUAUUAUUUCCUGUGACAUUUCCUGUUAUAGAUUUUUUUGGGGUGUUGUUGGUUUUCUGCAUGUUUACUUGAAUGGUCUCCAUAGGCUUGAUUUAAUUUGUGUCUUAUUUUUCCAGUGUGCAUAUUACACAUAUGAUUUCCCCUACCUGUCAGUUAGUCUGUCUGCUCAUGCUGAUUGACAAGCAUUAAGGUGUAACAGGUUUUGCUAUUUAUGUCAUGCAUCGAUUUUGUUACCAAAUAGGUUAUUAUUACCCAACCUCAAGGCCGUUUAUUUUGAUAUUAGAAUAAGCGCUACCUCUUCUAUCUUCAACUUUUGCACAGAGGCAAUAGCACAUCCUAGAAGAGUUUUUUUCAUUGUGUUUUCAUCCAUCAUCCGUGGCUUUACCUUCAAAUGUCCUUUUAUAUUGGUGAAGCGCUUUGAAAUGUUCUGCGAAUUAAUUCAUGGAAUUGAUUCGGACGGUUGCCUAUUGGGUGGAAAAAAAGAUUUGAAAGCCUUCAAAGUGACUUUUGUGUGAAUCAUUUUUUUAUCUGUAGAAUUAUAGCAGUCUGUUAAAUCACAGAAUUCAAUUUUUUUCUAAGUGAUGAAAAUAAUGAAAAUGUGACUAAAAGUGUUGUCUUUUUUACUAAAUAUGAAAAUUGAUUCUGUAAAGUUAAAUCACUAAAAGCAGGUUAUCGUCAGUUGUGAUGUCUGUUGCUGUAAUUACAAAAUGUAAUUGUAUCUUAUUCCUAGACGAGAGCCAAAUGAGGGCUUCUCUGAUUUUAAAAUGUUGUAUUUUUGUAUUACAGUGAUCUGCAAUUUGUUUACAUUUGUUUUGAUUUAAGAAACAUAUUUUCUUGUGUGUUUUGUAAGUCUCUGGAGUCUGAUUUUAGUAAGAGCCCUCCCUGUGCCUCUUUUGUAAAUGGAGAAUAGAUCUGCUGAAUACAUGAAUACAGUACAUGUUUGUUGUAUUGACCGUUGUUGUUCCUGGGUGUUUGUUUAUUGUCAGGUGAAGAACUGAUUUUCACUGCCAUGCCAUAGUAGACCCUAAACAUGUCUAAACAUUGUAAUUUGAAACAAGAUACUUCUAACAACUAUGGGAUUAUGCCCCAGGCACCUCAAGCCUCAAAGCAAAGUUUACGAGUGAGAUUUUCUUUUUAAAUGUUCUAUCAUGUCAAAGUAAAAUUUGGAUUGUAAAUUUAUCUAAUGGGAAGAAAUGCACAGAAGACACAGAAUACAUAGUGGUAUUGUUAAUAAUCUUUAUAAAGCUAGACGUUGGGCAUAUAUGGGUCUAUCUAACACAAUGGCCUUCUAGAACAAACAGCCAACACUCAAUGCCAUGAAAACAAUUAAAAGCACCAACUAAUCUUCUAUGUACUACUAUUCUAUUCUAGAAUACACAUGCACUAUAAGGAUCUUAGGAUUUCCGUGGUGGACCAAAACUAACAGAGCUCUUUCAAAAAAGGUUUUUCUUUGAUCGUUCUAUGUUUUAACAAAGCAAAAGUCGUUUUAUUUGGUGUGUGUACUAGAAGGAUGUGAUGAUCAUCAUUUAGGUAGAUAUUAUGUAAAUGUUUGUCUACCUCAGUACCAGUUCAGUCAGUGCUUGUCCUGGUGUCCAAUCAGGGUUGUUCUUCUUGCCAUGUGUGUUAAAUCAUUUUGCAUUACAGCUUUGUAACACUGUGUGUACAAGUGUUUUCUCAGUGUGGAUUCAGGCACAGCUCUCUUUACGCAUCAGUGUUUUGUGGCAUGGUGAAAAAAGACUAAAAUAGGAAGUAUUUUACAAUGCAGGUCUGUAUUGUGUCAUCAGUCAAGUAAAGUGAGUUCUUACUGUCAGUUUUUUUUUUGCAUACUAUUCACAUGCACUACAGGAAAAUGUUCAGUGUUUGAAGUUGUUAUAAAAGAUCAAAAUGCAAAUUGUAUGUAGUUCUGUCCUUGAGCUGUUCUUGUCUAUUCAUGUUCUGUAUUAUGUCAUUUUUCAUGUUUUGUGUGGACCCCAGGAAGAGUAGCUACUGCGAUCGCAACAGCUAAUGGGGAUCCUAAUAAAAUACCAAAAAAAUCCAUGAAGGUUGUGUUAAUAAUAAUAAUAAUAAUAAUAAUAAUACAUUUUAUUUGCGCCUUUCAAAAUACCCCAAUGACACUUACAGUAAAACAUAAAAUAGCAAAAAUAAACGUGACAAUACAAAACAGUUGUGUUUUCCUGUCUCACUGUAUGCAGCUGAAGUCAUGACAGGCAGUUUGGUGACCCUUAGUGGCACGAUGCCAGACUAACAGCUGUGUGGGUUUGUCUAGCUGCUACAGAUGAGGGAAGGGAAAAGUCACUGCCUCUCUGCCCUCCCUCCCUCUACUCUACCACACCACUAAGCAGAAUGGCACCCAUACACUAACUGCACCUAGUCAAUAACAAGAGGGAAUUCUUCAUCACAGGAACAACCUUUGUUUAAAUGUACUUGUUUGUAUGUUUAUUUGUGGGUUUGGGAUGUGUUGGUAUAGACCAUAGCAUUGCUGUGUUUCCAUUUGUAUUGUGUUUUUCGAUUCAGUAAUUUAGAAUGACAUUUUUUUUACCUAGAGGGGAUAUGCUGAAAACAGUUUAUCCACCAGCAGAGCAUAGUGACAACACACAAUGACUUGGACGUAGUAAAGAAGAUCCUAGUUUGUUUGCAAUGAUGGAAUAGUCCACUAGUGUAUUACAACUGUGCUGACACAGAACUAUCCUGUCCUGUUUAUGUAGUUGAUGAGGAUGAGAUCCACCAAAUGUAAUGGAGCCAUUUUGAAAAGUUAAAAGGUGGGCUAAAUUUAGUUACACAUGUGUAACUAAAUCUCCUGAAAUCCAUGGUCAUGAUCUGUAGACGAGCAGAUUGAUUAAGAGCUGGUGCUAAUGUAAUCUCCUCUGUUUAAUUAGUGUGAGCAUGGUGGGCAGCACAUUACACACCAUCUGGACUGGAGACUGACAGGAGACUGACUGGAGACUGACAGGAGACCGACUGGAGACUGACUGGAGACUGACUGGAGACUGACUGGAGACUGACUGGAGCAGCAGCCCUGCUCUUAUCCACCCUCUCCAUCAUUAGUCUUUACAACAAGACACAAACAGGGACGUCAACUCUAGCUCUAUGCUCUCAGACUGGAUACAAGUGUCACCCUAGAUACAAUGAAAAACUAUUAUUGUAAACAGGAUUUUUUUACCUGCACAGGUGAUAAACUUUUUUCUAGUUUGUCUUGUUGACAGUAUAAACGGUGGACACUCCUGUCAGGUUGUCUCGGGUUCUUUCUCUCUCUCAGGUGUUGGUGACUGGUCUAUGGUCCACAGAAGGUGAUUCCAGCCAUGCUCUCCACGGUGAUCUCCAACAGCUGUUCACUCUAUGAGGACUAUGGCAACUAUGGACCUCCCCCGUACCCCAGGAAGAACAUCAGACCCAGAGCUUCACUUCGACACAACCCAUAUAACCCAUGCAGGCCAUACCUGAGGAGGGUCAGUAUAACGUCUCAAUAUUCACUGCAAAGAUGACUGGUUUAUUAUUGUAUUGUUAUCAACAUCUUCACUGUUCGAUUUCAGAUGACACCUUACUGUCUUGAUGCCUUGACUGCAGGGGGACACGAGAGUAUCUUUAGCCGAUCCCAAGAAAAUCUCCAGGGCGACCAGUAGGGGUCAGUAUGUCACCAUGCCUGUUCGCCAUCCUCUCCGAGACUGGGGC